UAUUUUAAUUAUUUUUAACGAUAUUAAUUAAUUAACAUUGUAAUGCAAAAUGUAUUAAUCAAACGUAAAAUAAAUUUAUUUUAUAUAAAGUAUUAAAAUCUUAAAGGAUCUUUGAAUCUAUCUACUUACAUACAUGAAAUCUAUUCCUAUUCUUUUUCAAAAUUUAAAUAUAAAACAAUUAAAAAAAGUUAAAAUAGAAAUCAAUUUGCAAGGCCAUACAGCGCAAACUCGUUACCAAGCGAACGUAAAAUUCGAUGGGAGGUGGCGCUGUAGUCGCGCAUGCGUCGUUAUCAAUGACUGCCAACCACAGACAACUAUAUUUUAUUGUAAUCUGGCAAAUUCCUUUAUUUGUAGGUUAUGUUUUAGUGUUAAUGUUAAAUUGUCAAAAUUUAUGUUGAAUAUUUUCCUGGAAUUAGUUCAUAGUUCCAAAAUGGAGUGGACGUAAAUAAUCGUCUUGUGAAUGUGUUUAUUACUUGUUGAGUAGAGACUAAUAGCAUUUCCCGUCAAUGGCUGUGUAAUCUUGAGUGUCACUUGACAUUGGAUUGUAAUGUGAAUAUUUCUAUACGCACUUUAUUUCCCAGGCUAUCCAUAUUCUAAACUUUUGACUCAACUAAUUCAAAUAUAUAGUUUGCGGACUUCUUUAUUCAUAUUUAUAUAAGAUUCAUCAGAUAACAGUAAGAUGACGAGUCAAGUAUCGGUUUUGAAGUUAUACAACACGGUUGUAGACGACGUUAUAUCUGGAGUACGCGAUUGCUUCUUGGAUGAUGGCGUAGAUGAACAAGUUUUGCAGGAGUUAAAACAAUUAUGGAAAACCAAGUUACAAGCAAGUGGUGCGAUGGAUCCACCGCAACCUGAGCCUACUAUGCCUCCGCCGCCAGUGUUACAGAAUUUUCAGAAAGCGAACGGUAACAAUGUGCUUCCUAAAAGAACUAUUGAUUCUCACAUGGCUCAGGGGUCCAGUCAGCAAAAUACAGGUAUGGAACAUGGCCCUCCAGCACCUAAUUUAGCUGGCACACAUCCUCAUCAUGUCCUCGAUCCCAGCAAUAAAGUGCCUGUCCAGCUCACGCUGCCUGCUCAACCUGGUGUGCCUGGCUCCCAACCUCGUUCUUUUACAAUUCAAAUACCAGCCUCGGCUCUCAAUGGAAACAAACUACAUCAAGUUUUGACUGGCCCUAUUAUAAAUGCCACAAUAAGUUUGCCACAGCCUCUAGCUGCUACACUUUUACAACAGCAUAUCAACUCGGCCUUAGCGGGUCAACAAAACGAAUUCGAUGGUGGAGGUGGUCGUAGUGGUGCUGCACCGUUCUCAUUAGAUGGUGCAUUAGACUCUUCUGAUGAUGAUGGGUCUAAUGUUGGAGAUGGUUCAGAUGAUGGGGCCGGUGACGAUGAUGAAGAUGAGGAGUCUGCUGAAGAGCGUGCUGAGGAGGAAGAGGAAGAGCGUGAUGAAAGUGGAGGGGCAGAAGAGGAACCCUUGAACUCAGGUGAUGAUGUAUCCGAUGAGGAACCCGGUGACAUGUUUGAUACUGACAAUGUGGUAGUUUGUCAGUAUGACAAAAUAACUCGCAGUCGUAAUAAAUGGAAAUUUUACUUAAAAGAUGGCAUUAUGAAUUUAGCUGGAAAAGAUUAUGUAUUUCAGAAAGCCAAUGGUGAUGCAGAGUGGUGAAACUAUAUUAUUAUAAAGGAGCUGUGUCUAUUUUUUUAUUGAUGGUGUAAUUUGUUAUGUGUCGACUGGUAGAAUAUAAAUUGAAUGAGACCUGGACUUGUUUCAACAUUACUUUGAGUCUAUAUUUUUAAAUGUAUUAACAUUGACUUUGACUUGUUUUGGUAGAUUUGAAUGCUUGAAAUUAUGUUUCAGUUAUUAGCAUUUUACGAUAGACCUGAGAAAGAAUUAUUAUUAUUGUAUAACUUAUUUCUAAUGCUUCAUGGAACUUAAUUUAACUUAUAACUUUGUGUAAGUUAUAGGUUUAUUUCAGUUGUGUAUGUGUUUCGUUUCACUGUAUGAAAUAUUGUGUAAGUAGAUAUUGAUAUUUUUAAAUUAUAAAGAUUCUGUAACUUUUUAAUAUUCUUUAUCAUGAAAUAUAGUUAAAGUCAAUGAUAUGCUCUAUCAAAGAAACUAGAAAUUAAGAAUUGAUUUGUGCUGUUUUGUAAUAAGACAAUAGAUCAUAUGACGUGUGUGGUUGCAGCCUUACUAAUAUGACUAUUAUUGCUUCACUAGGGUACAAUUUAUGAAUUCCCUGAGUGAUUAACACAUGCCUAAAAGUGUAGCAAAUUUUGUGCCAUACACAGAAAAAUAUUAGAUUUUCUAAAGUUUUUUCUACUUUAUCAUAUUAAAGGUAACAGGUUAGUCUUAGUUUAAUUAACUUAAUGUUUGCACGAUAUAAUGUAAACAUAUUAAAUAAUAAUGUGAUGUAGAUGUCUUUUUGAACAAUCUACGUACAUAUCUUAGUGAAGCUUUAAAAGCAUUUUAUAUUACAAGGCUCAAUAAAAAGACAUUGAUUUUUGUUAAGUCCAAUUCAACUAGAAAUUGUGUAAGUUCAUAACAAUUUGUAAAAAUCUCACUGUAACUGGAUGCCUAAAAUAGAUUAUUGUUAAUAAGUCAUUAAUUUCCAAAAGAGCAUCUGAAAUUUGGAAGUUUAUAUAAGUAUUGUAUAUUUUUAGGUAUAUUUAUUUUGAAUAUGUUGCAUACAGAGUGUCUCAAAAAUCAAUCUAAAGCAAAAAUGUGUAGAAUAAAUCAUAGUAGUGUAUAAUCAACAGCAUAUCAGGUUAACUAAAACAGUUAAAAUACUAUGAAUAUACCUACACCUUGAUAUUACAAUUUAUAUUUGAUAGUCAAUCAUGCCUGAAGUUAACUUUCAAUACUAUGAGGCGAGAUUUGAAUUGAAUGUUGGGUUACCACAAAAUGACAAAUUUCUGUUAUUAACUUUGAACCCUUAAUGUAACGUGUUGUUGAUUGUAAAUUUAAUUACAACCCUUGAAAAAGAGUCAAAUAUAUAUACACUGCAAUGAUCUUACACUACAGAGAACUUUGAAGUUUGUAAGUUGGUGCUGGAACAAAACUUACAAUAUAAUAUGAAUAUGAACUGCUUCAAUAAUUGAACUACUAAAUGCUUUAGUAAGACUCACGAAUUUUUCAAUAACUUAUUAUUGUCGCUACUGGUUAUGGAGGCAAUUCAACUAAAGAACCAAAAUAAAUAUUAAAAUGUUUUUCCAUAAGUAAGACAAAUAAUUUAUUUUCUUAUUAAAGUCACCGUUUAAUUUACCUAAUACUAAAAUGCAGAUGCUAUUUACAUUUAAAAGUAAAUAGUGCAUGUUUAGAUUAGACCCACCUGACUUCGAACUAUAAUUUUUCACUAUAACAAUUCAAACACAUGGGCUCAAUUUUAACGAAAAUAUAUCUUAAUAUCCAACCACAUACUCGGUGAUGCCAAAUAAGAUAUUUCUGUCGUGAUGUUGAUUUUUGGAAUAACCUGUAUAUAAAUAAUUAAUUGUAUUUCCCAUUAUAGUAAAUUGUGUAAUCGAUAUAAAAUAAUAUUUGAUAUUUACACAAUUUAAAAGUUAAAUGUCAUUUAUUAAAAAUAUUUCUAUUGAUUUUUGUGUGCACCAAACAUCUUUUGUUUUCUGAGACACCCACUUAUUAUUGUGAUAAAUUCAUAGGAGAUAAUGUUAUUUUGUAAAAUUACUUUCUAACUAAUAUUGUUUAGGGUUGUGUCCGUUUUCAAAGCCAAUAAGUUUUAUAGUUAUACUUGCAUACCUACUUUCUCGACAUAGUAAGUUACUUAUGGUUUUUUAAUCACUUAAAUGAAAGAAGUUUGACGAAAAUAGUAAUAAUAAUAUUAAAAUAUGUUGCAUUAGCGUUGUCUUUUAUUGCUUAGAUAUUUUUACCCUUUACUUUUUCUUUUUAAAUGGAUGCUUGACUUAUUACGUGUCCAAUUUUAUGCGUUCGAUCUUCGAGGUGGAGGUUGAUCAACCUUUGUGAUGACGAAAUUGUAUGUACUUAUCCCAUGAUGGGUGGUCAAAAAUUUAUUAAUUCGAGCUGCUCCGUGUUUCUGAAAGCACUAAGUCGUAGGUCCUGGGUCUAACUACACUAUUUUUUUUUUGUUAAGAAAGGAAUGUCCUCAUAUAAUGUGUGUAUAUAAACUUUGAUAAAAUGCCCAGACAGUUAUUAUCAAUACAGUAUUUUGAGAGACAUUUAAAUGAUAAUGCGGUAAUAACUCAGUAUAGGAGAUACAAUUAUGGUGCUUCUAUAAU